AGCAGAAGAAGAAGAAGCGCUGUAGUGGUGGCAGCGAGAGAGACGCUCCAAACCCGGCCUAUCUUGUCCGAAGGACGCCGCCAAGUCGUUUGGAUCAGCAGAGGAACGGUUCAGUUAGUCACAGAUAAACAUCCAGUCGCCGGCUGUGGGAGCUUUUCGUGUAGACAUGCCAAGAGGGGGGAAAAAGGGCCACAAAGGCCGAGGGAAGCAGUUCAGCAACCCCGAGGAGAUCGACAGGCAGAUGAGAGCCCAGAAAGAGAUGGAGGAGAAUGGAGGUGCAGAGAAGGAGAACUCGGACUCUGAGGAGGAGAGCAGCAGUGAGGAGGAGUAUGAGAGUAAGAAGAAGAGCGGCGUAGAGGGACUAAUAGAGAUUGAGAAUCCAAACCGUGUCUCUCAGAAGGGUAAGAAGGUGACAGACCUUGACCUAGAAGAACCCAAAGAGCUGUCACGCCGAGAGAGAGAGGAGAUUGAGAAGCAGAAGGCGAAGGAGCGCUACAUGAAGCUUCACCUGGAGGGCAAGACUGAGCAGGCCCGGGCCGACCUGGCCAGGUUGGCCAUCAUCAAGAAACAGAGAGAGGAGGCUGCAAAGAAGAGGGAAGAGCUCAGGAAGGAAAAAGAUGCCGAAGAAGCCAAGGCAAAGCGCUAGUCAUUCCUUUUUCCCUAUUGCUAUUUCUUUUCUUUUCUUUUUUUUUUUUCACUGCGUGCAACAGUCUGAGUGGAGAGGACGAGGUGGAAAAAGGGGAUCUGAAGGUUAAGGAGGAGGAGAAACAGCAGGGGACCAAUCCAGGGGGUGUUGGCUCAGGGCUGCCUGCGGACUCCCGUCCCUUCACAGCAAACUAAAGAGGGGUGUCAGGGUUUCCCAGGCCAAAUGUUGAGGACAGGAACAAAAGGGGUAGAGCAAAGGGAGAGGAGCAGAACAUUUGGGGAGCCUUUAUGAGUGAAAACGGGAAAAGUGUUCUGCUCACCUCCCAGGCGCUUUGCUCUUCCUCGCUCACCAGGGGUCAAACUGUAAAGCUGCUGGACUUGUCUCAUUCCAUUUGUGACUUAUAGUUUUUAAUUUUUGUGUUUAUUCAUUGAUUGGACUGGUAUUUCAGUGACCAGGUGUCAAGACUCCCAUCGGUGCUUUGCCUUGAAAUCUUUGUCCUCCGUAUAAUCUGCUCAGGGCAGUAAACUGCUAAAUUGAUCCCUACAUCAGAGGUAAUUUCAUUGACUGAUUUUAAGUUGGUAUGUUUUAUGAGGCCUGUCAAAAUUAAUCUUUAUUUUAAAAAGAAAAAAAAUUGAAUGAUAGAUUUAAAUGUUUUCCCCGAUGUAGCCCCAGGCGUUAGCUUCCCCACCAGCGGUGUCUCUGUUCCCAGGCAGACAUGCCCCGGUGUGUUUGGCUCUGCUGGGCUGUUGCAGGGUCGGGUGGGCACACGACCCCACAUACCUCACUGCACAUCAUAAUUGGUGAGCUUAUAAGUUAUUGCAGCUGUAUUGUGUGUAUAUUUUCCAAAAUCUACUCUUUGCUAGCGUUUGAUUUGACUUGUUUCUCUGCCUGUGCAGGCCCGUUUCUAAAUGUCCUCUCUUGCCCUCCUCUUAAAACCUCAGUUCAUCAUCUAAACAUCUCAGAUUGUAACUAUUUGCAGCACCUCUGCAACUCCAAAUGGCAGGUAUCGUCUGAUAUAAUGGCUGAAAAUAAAUAUCAUGGGUGAAAUUGUCCAAAAAAACAAAAAAAACAAAAACAAAAAAACUCAUUUGGAUACCUGGUGCCACAUAGCAUCAGCACAAGAAGCACGGUCUUAAACUGCCUCAGUAACCUGGGUCUGUUUCUCAAAGGGUCGCUGGUGUCUCUUCUGAAGGGACGGCGACUUCUGUUGCCUUCCAGAGUUUACACGAGACCACUUCACUGUCUUUCUCUGAUGGCCUCGCCAUUAUGAUGUGCUACGUAGAAGUUGUAAUAGAAUUUGAAAUGUCUUGAACAGGAAAGCAAUAUUCUAUAUAAUUUGGAGGUAGCUGAAAGACAGUCUUUUUUUAAUACUAUGUUGGGAACCACACAGUACAAGAAAUCUAACCACAGUGUUUUAAACUGCAUGUGACUAUAUAUAUAUAUAUAUAUAAAACACUCUGGACUGAAAUAAGUCAAAGUAAUUCCUUUGAAUUUUUUUUUUAUUUCAUAACUUAAAUUUGUCAUAAAGAAAUAAAUGAAGAUAAAUAAGUACCAGUUUUCUUUUUC